CCGAGGUUUCCUGAGGCGCCCUUGCUUUACGACGGUGACAACUAUGGCGGCGUUCGGUGUAAGAUUUGAAAGUGCUAGCAGUAUCGAAGAACGAAAAGAACAGACCCGUAUAUCCAGGGCCGAGGUCUUACGCCAGGCCAAACAUAAUUUUGAAAAAGAACAAAGGAGUAAAGAACUUAAGCAACUUCGAGGUGAGGACACAUGGAUGCUACCUGAUGUGAAUGAGCGAAUUGAACAGUUCUCACAGGAACAUUCUGAGAAGAAAAAGAAGAAAAAGGACAAACAUUCAAAAAAAGUGAAGAAAGAGAGGAAAAAGAAGAAGAAGAAACAGAAAUGUCAGAAACAGAGUGAGUCAACUGACAGCUCCUCAAGCUCUGAAGACGAGUGGGUUGAGGCUGCUCCCUCCCAGAUACCUGGCAAAGAAAAGAGCUGGAAAGUGAACGACAAAAGGACAGAAAAAGAAUGUGACAGCCAUGGUAUUCAGCAGCGUGAUGAGUGGAUGACUGUUGAUUUUAUGUCCAUUAAAACUGUGUCCUCAUCAUCACUCAAAGCUGAAAAGGAAACUCUAAGACAAACAGAGCGGGAGAAAACCCAAGCGUUCGAGCAGUCCAAACUGCUAGAAAGAGAGUUGAAUCCAUACUGGAAGGACGGGGGGACAGGUCUCCCAUCGGAAAACUGUAUACUGCCAGUUGCUAAAGCUACAGGAGUAGAGGAUGGUGGAUUAAGCUGGCUAAGAAAGUCUUGUCAAAGAAUGAAGGAACAAGCUCAAAAAGAAAACAGAAAUUUUGAAGAUAUUGUAGCUGAAAAAUAUGGGUCAAUGGAAAUAUUUCAGUCAAAAUUAAAAGAAGCUGAAAAAAUUGCAUACAAAAGAGAAGACUAUGGAUGGGAUCCCGGGAGGAAGCCUGCGUAUUCAGAUAGAGCACAGUGUAGUCAAGCAAGUGACACAUCAGAUUUUGUGAAAUGUAAAAGUCUCUCCGGGGACAGACCCCUGGAAACGGGGCCUGCAGACAGCAGCAAGUAUAAGUUCAGUGUUCCUGACACAGGGAGGAGAUCUGGAACUUCAGGACCUUGUAGAAGGGAAUCUGCCCAAAGAAAUGGCCGAGAGUCUUCUGGAAAUUUGAGAUCUAAAUUCUUAAGACCCUCUGAUGAAGAUGAACUGUCAUUUCACAAGAGGAGAGAUUUUGAAUCAUCUACUUCAUAUUCUCCAUUAGUGGCUCAGGCUUCUUUGCAUUGUGAUUUUCGAAAACCCGCAGAGAAGAGUGAAGAAAGUUCAACAUCCUGGAGUCGAUCUGGUAGGCGACAAGAAGACAGGAAGCCUUCAGAUCAAAAGCCAUUGGAAACCCGGAGCUACAGUGCCCAUCAGCACACUACAGGAGAUAGAAGAGAAAAGUUACAGGCUGAGAGCGUGAGGGAUGAUCCACCAGCAAGAGGACAUCUGGAAGACAUAACGCCACCAGUUGAUGGUCCAGAGGCAAAGUCCACCUAUGUCUUGAGUGUUGAUGAAAAGAACAAGUUGGGGGCGAAGAUUAUCAAGGCAGAAAUGAUGGGGAAUAUGGAAUUAGCUGAACAACUUAAAGCCCAGCUUAAAGAGGCAAAUAAAUUUAAAGAAACCAUUGCACAGAUACCAGCAAAAAGAUUAGGGGUAGAGCAUGAAGAUGAACAAGAAGUAAUCCUUAUUCGAACAGAUGAGUCUGGAAGAAUGUGGCCUGUGAACAGCCCUAGAGAAACUCUGGAUAUGAAAGCGGAAAGAAGGAAGAGGCAGAGAGUUUCAGUCUAUGAGGAUAAAGAAAGAAUCCGAUACUUUCCUGAUGAUGAUCAUUUGAGUCUCAAAGAUUUAGUCAAGAAUGAGAAAAUGGGAACAGAUAACGAUCAAAACAGACUUUUCAUGAAAAUGGCAUCUAAGUUUAUGGGAAAAUCAGAUGGAGACUAUUACACUCUGGAUGACAUGUUUGUCUCCAAAGCAGCUGAGAAAGAGCAUCUUGGUAAGAAGGAAGAGAGCCAGAGGAGAAGAGCCAUUGCUGAGCACCAGAGUCUUGCUGCACAAAUGGCAAAGUGUCUGUACUGUUUUGACAGCGCUCAGUUCCCCAAGCACCUUAUUGUGGCAAUCGGUGUGAAGGUUUAUUUAUGCUUACCCAAUUUCCAGUCUCUUACUGAAGGACACUGCCUCAUAGUCCCUCUACAACAUCAUCAAGCAGCCACUGUAUUAGAUGAAGAUAUCUGGGAGGAGAUUCAGAUGUUUCGGAAAUCAUUGGUAAAAAUGUUUGAAGAUAAAGAAUUGGAUUGUAUCUUUUUGGAGACUAAUAUGGGUUUGAGGAAACACUCUCAUAUGAUCUAUGAGUGUAUCCCUCUCCCAAAAGAAGUGGGUGACAUGGCUCCCAUCUAUUUUAAGAAAGCCAUAAUGGAAUCUGAUGAAGAAUGGUCCAUGAAUAAGAAGUUGAUAGAUUUGUCUUCAAAAGAUAUUAGAAAGUCUGUACCCAGAGGCUUGCCUUACUUCGCUGUCAACUUUGGCCUUCAGGGAGGAUUUGCCCACAUCAUUGAAGAUCAGUACAAAUUUCCUCAUUACUUUGGAAAGGAAAUCAUUGGUGGUAUGCUGGAUCUAGAACCCAGGCUGUGGAGGAAGGGGAUCCGAGAAAGGAGUAUGGCUGAUGCUGAUGCUAUUGCCUACUUUUAG